AGAGGUAAGUAUUCUCUCUCUUCUGCAAUUGCAAUUGGAAGGGGGUGCGAUGGCAAUGAGAGCGGCAGUAGUCUCUGUAGGAAGGCAACAAAAUCCGAAUUCAAUCUUGUUUCUUCCUCACUAUCUCCGAACCAGAUGUUCUAUUUCUCCUCCUGCCGCUCAGCUCCUCCACCGCAGUCACAGGGCCUCAUGUAAUAACAACAAGAGUACUGGUAUACUUUCUCUUAAUUCAGAGGCUAGAAGAUUCAAGUAUCGUAUAACUAGAGCAGUAAACGAGGCAAUUGCUGAACCGCCGGCGGCGGCGGGGGAAGAAGAUGUUGAGAAUAUUUGGAAGGUGAAAAUGCUGUACGACGGAGAAUGUCCUCUUUGUAUGAGAGAGGUAAACAUGUUGAGAGAAAGAAAUCAUGAAUACAGAACCAUCAAGUUUGUUGAUAUAAGUUCUCAAGCUUACAAUCCAGAAGACAAUCAAGGCCUCGAAUAUACAACUGUUAUGGGAAGAAUCCAUGCCAUUCUUUCUGAUGGAACUGUGGUUACAGAUGUAGAGGCAUUUAGGAAACUAUAUGAAGCAGUUGGUUUGGGAUGGGUCUAUGCUAUCACCAAAUAUGAACCAAUCUCCAGGAUGGCCAAUGUUGUAUACGCUUUUUGGGCCAAAUACCGUCUCCAAAUAACAGGUAGACCAUCACUAGAGGAUGUUAUAAAAGCUCGUGGAAACAAGGCGGCUGAAGUAUGCGGUGACAACAAAUCAUCUUGCAAUAUACGAGAAUAGUUCAUACAUACUUACAUACAUACAAUUUACAAAACACAAGAAUGGGCGAGUAAUUAAGGAUUCAUUAUUUAAUUAAGAGCUAGACUAACUAAUUAAAGUUACAUUACUAUUAUUGUUGUUGUUGUCGUCCUCCCUCCUCAUUUCUCUUAUUCAUCUUGUGUAAUGUAUAGUUGUAUCUUCCUUUUUAUUAUAUAAAGUCUUACUCUUUCGAUAUUAUACAGUUGAAUGACAUUUACAUAUGUAUAAU